UACAUGUAUAGCAUAAUACGUUUUCAGUAAAUAAACAACGCGUUUCUAAAAUUAGUCAAUUUAGUUUGAUAUUUAUUCGUACUCAGCAGGGCCGAGAUGACCUCUUAAGUUUAAAUCUCGCCAAUUCUUUCUAUGAAAUUAGGCUCAGUAAUUGAUUUGUGUUGUAAAUUUUCAAUAUCUACUUCAAUUUUACAGGUGGUCCUGCUGUUGUACCCGCACCGAAUGCAGUUGUUCCAGGCUAUUUAGGUCAUCCAGGCUAUGCACUUCCAGGUGGUUCGGCUGCUGCUGCUGCUGCAGCCGCACAGAAUGCAGGUGUUCCAGGCUAUGCACUUCCAGGUGGUUCGGCUGCUGCUGCUGCUGCUGCAGCCGCACAGAAUGCAGGUGUUCCAGGCUAUGCACUUCCAGAUGCCUCUGCUGUUGCGACCGCUCAGGGCUAUGAUCAUGCAGUUUCACAAGCCCGUGCAGACACACUAGCUUACAAUAUUAAACAAAACUAUGAAGCUAAGAAAUUCUUUGGGAGUGCCUCUGGUGCUGCAGGUGCAGCAAGCUCAGGAUUUGUGAAAAGGUCUGUAGAUGGUGAAGGCAAUGCAGAUCCACAAAGCUAUGGAUUUCAAGAUGAAGAAAUCAUUAAAAAGCCAGGCACAAGGAGUCUACUUGCAUAUCCAGAAGCAUUACCUCCCUAUGGGAUGAAUCCUGCUUAUCAUGCGAAUGGAUUAAUAUAUCCUCCAGGUCCUAAAUUUAUCCCAGGUUCACCGUAUUAUCCAGAUCCUCGUUACGCAGCGUAUGGAGACCCGCAUAUAUAUGGAGAUAAUCAUUUUCACGGAAUUCAUGGAAACUACGGAACUGCAGGUUCGGCAGCCGCUGCAGCUGCAGCUGCUCAAAACGCUUAUGGCUACAUGGGUUAUCAUAACUAUGGACUUCAAGGUGGUUCUGCUGCUGCAGCUGCAGCUGCACAGCGUGCAGGUGUUCCAGGAUACGCCUUUCCAGAUGGCUCUGCUGCUGCAGCCGCAGCUGCAGGCGCAGCCGCAGGCGUUCAAACCUUAGAUGAAAGAAGCUAUGAAGUUCAAGGUGGUUCUGCUGCUGCUGCUGCUGCAGCUGCACAGAGUACAGGUGUUCAAGGCUAUGGCCUUAAAGAUGGUUCUGAUGCUGCUGCUGCAGGUGCAGCUGCACAGCGUGCAGGUGUUCCAGGAUACGCCUUUCCAGAUGGCUCUGCUGCUGCAGCCGCAGCUGCAGGCGCAGCCGCAGGCGUUCAAACCUUAGAUGAAAGAAGCUAUGAAGUUCAAGGUGGUUCUGCUGCUGCUUCUGCUGCUGCUGCAGCUGCUCAAGGCUAUGACUUUCAAGGUGACUCUGCUGCUGCAGCUGCAGCCGCAGCGGCAGGCGUUCAAGGCUUAAAUGAAGCAAGGUAUGGAGUUCAAGUCGGCAGACAAGCUUACGGACUGAAUCGAAACUAUGAAGCUUCAAAAAUCGUUACAGGUGCUUCUGGCGCAGCAGGUUUACGAAUGGGACUAAAUGUUGCAUCGGGUUUUCCUGCUCCUCUUUAUCGAGCCUAUAAACCACGUCGUGAUGCAUAUGCGAACAAGGAUUCAUAUGUGAAUGAAAACCCGCAACUUCUUCCAGCUAGUCGCAAAGCUGUUGAUAUUGCUGCUUCAUACGUAGACAGAGAUAUGCGAGGAGAUGAAGAAAUUUAUAAAGAAGAUGCCGCUGCAGCCGCAGGUUUACAAAAUUCAAGAUUUAUGAAAAGGUCUGCAGAUGCUUCUCAAGGCUAUAGAAGUCAACGAAGCUAUGGACUUCAAGUUGGACAAGCCGCACCAGACGCACAGGCAUACGGAAUUAAUCAAAAUUAUGAAUCUGCAAAAAUCAUUGCAGCUGCCUCUGGUCCUGCACAAAGUUCAAGGUUUAUAAAGAGGUCUGUGGAUGGUGAAGGCUAUGCAGGUCUACGAAACUGUGGACUUCAAGGUAAUGCACAAUCAGAAAAUAAUCCUGUAAACGUUUUAACUGCUUUUAACUAAUUCUGGGAAUUAAUGUCCUUUUCACUCAGCAGAAAUACCAAGUUUGCUGAAUAUUUCUAAUUGAUUAAAAUGAGAUACUAGUGUAUGUUACAUAUCUUUUAUUUAAAGUGUACUUCUUAAACCAUGUCUCUUCAAGAAAUAUGUUGCUUUUCUGAUGUAUCUGUAAAGUAAAAAGAUGCA